AGGACAAUGUCAGCAACGCCGAGUAAUUUGUCACUCAAUGGGACGAGCUUCUUCACUGAAAAUCACCACCUUAUGGAGAAGCCCAGCGAGCAGAGAACUUUGAACGUCUUUCUGUUCUGCUUGACUUCUAUCAUUGCAUUCACAGCACUUCUGGGCAGCGUUUACUCCCUGGUUUCCCUGCUGAGAAUGCAAACCAAAACCACGGUGUCAAUGAUUGUGACCUCUUUGUCAAUAGAUGAUCUCAUCAGCGUUGUGCCAGUGAUUAUUUUCAUGCUCACCCAGUGGUCAAGUGACAUCCUCCCCCAGUCUCUCUGCACCACCUCAGCGCUCAUCUACUUAUUCCAGGGCAUUUCUAGCAACCUGAAAGGGUCUCUUAUAGUUUCUUACAACUUCUACACCAUCAACAAAACUGAGACAGUGAGCUGCAGCACUUCCAAGCGGCGGGUGAGCAUGGUAUGGGCCAUUCUCACCAUUUGGAUUGUCAGCUUGCUGAUCUGUAUUUUGCCUCUCUCUGGUUGGGGCAGGUACAUCCCCACCUCCUGGGGUUGCUUCACUGACUGCAGCAGCUCCUACGUCUUGUUUUUAUUUAUUAUCUACUCGCUGUGCUUUUGCCUCCUCACAGUUCUGUCUGUUCCUCUAACUUACCAGCUCUUGUGCUCAGAUGAGCAACAGCUCUUACACAUUGAUUACCAGGAAAUCUCCCGAGGCUACACCACCCCUGGGACACCUGCAGACUGCAGUGCUGCUACCCCAUCCCUGUCACUGCUGGACCCUGUGGAUAAAACCCUGCAGCAUUUCCAGAACACGUGUCCUGGCUCGGAGGCAGUUUUUAGGAGAGGUGUGGCUGAGAGCAGUGCUCUCGAGCCCCGCUGCAGGGACGGCACACAGAGCAGGAGCUGUACGGUGGGCUUUGCCCAGAAACGGUUCUCGCUGAUUCUUGCAUUGACAAAAGUCGUUCUGUGGCUUCCAAUGAUGAUAGAAAUGGUUGUCCAGCACAUCACUGGCUUCCAAAACCUUUCCUUUGAGACACUUAGCUUCCUGCUGACUUUACUGGCUGCCACAGUCACCCCAGUAUUUGUCCUAUCAGAACACUGGAUUCACCUGCCCUGUGGCUGCAUCAUUAAUUGCAGGAGGAAUUCGUAUGCAGUAUCUUCAGAAGAACUCAAAACCAAGCGCAGAGGUUUCGAAUUCAACCUGUCCUUCCAGCAAGGCUAUGGCAUCUACAAAAUAUCCCACGAGAACCGCCACCGUCACGACGGUAAAUCCUCCUCCUAUCACAACCUGGUGAGCUACGACUGCGAUGACCCCAAGGAGCCUGGCAGGCGGAGCGGCGGCCCGCGGAGCGCCGGGGCCGCGGCGUUCAGAACCGCGGGGGCGGCGGACAGCUCCCGGCGGGCGGCGGCCGCGGACGGGGCCGGCAGCGGGGCCGGGGCUGGUGGCGCCGCCGCCGCCGAGGGGCCGGAGCGGAGGCUGUCUCAUGAGGAAACCCACAGGCCCGGGCUCAGCGACUGGGAGUGGUGCCGGAGCAAAUCGGAGAGGACCCCUCGGCAGCGGUCGGGCGCAGCUUUAGCCAUCCCCCUGUGUGCGUUCCAAGGCACUGUGUCCCUUCAGGCACCCACGGGAAAAACACUCUCCCUGUCUACGUACGAGGUGAGCACUGAAGGGCAAAAAAUCACACCCACCUCCAAGAAAAUUGAAGUGUAUCGAUCCAAAAGCGUUGGUCACGAGCCAAACCCAGAGGAGUCUCCCAAGACGUUUGCUGACACCAGCGUUAAAAUCCAUUUGGAGGUGCUUGAAAUCUGUGCCAAUGAAGAGGCCCUGGAUACGGUGUCAAUCAUCAGUAACAUCAGCCAGUCCUCCACGCAGGUGAGGUCUCCAUCCUUACGUUACUCACGGAAAGAAAACAGGUUUGUCUCGUGUGAUUUAGGCGAAACUGCCUCCUACUCCCUCUUCAUACCAUCCAGCAACCCUGACAGUGACAUUAACAUAUCAAUCCCAGACACCGUGGAAGCUCAUCGGCAGAACACUAAAAGGCAGCACAUGGAGAGGGGUGGUUACCAGGAGGAAAUACAAAUGCUGAAUCAAGCAUACAGGAAGCGGGAGGAAGGUGGCAACGGCGAUUAA